GAUCAUACCCCAGCUGGAGAACUCACCUUCACAGGUCUCACCAAGCAGCCUGCCUGGCUCCGAGAUUUCGGAAGCUACGAGGACUUAUUUGCAAGGAAUGAGCCGCUAUGACCUGGAUGAGCUCGAUGCUUGCUGGUUGGAACUUGUUAAUAUGGAGCUCAAGGAGAUGGAAAAGCCCGAGCUGGAUGAGAUCACCCUGGAGCGAGUGCUGGAGGAGCUGGAGACCAUGUGCUAUGAGAACAUGAACAUCGCCAUCGAAACGGAGGAGGGCUUGGGCAUCGAGUACGACGAGGACGUGGUGUGUGACGUGUGCCGCUCGCCGGAGGGGGAGGACGGCAACGAGAUGGUGUUCUGCGACAAGUGCAACGUCUGCGUGCACCAGGCAUGCUAUGGCAUCCUGAAGGUGCCCAUCGGGAGCUGGCUGUGCCGGACCUGCGCCCUCGGGGUUCAGCCAAAGUGUCUACUGUGCCCGAAGAGGGGGGGAGCGCUGAAGCCCACCCGGAGCGGGACGAAAUGGGUCCACGUUAGCUGUGCCUUAUGGAUACCUGAAGUUAGCAUUGGAUGUCCUGAAAAAAUGGAACCCAUUACGAAGAUCUCCCAUAUCCCAGCAAGCAGAUGGGCUUUGUCCUGCAGCCUUUGCAAGGAGUGCACUGGGACUUGUAUUCAGUGCUCCAUGCCCGCCUGUGUCACCGCGUUCCACGUCACCUGCGCCUUCGACCACAACCUCGACAUGCGGACUAUUCUAGCAGACAACGACGAAGUGAAGUUCAAGUCCUUCUGCCUUGAGCACAGCACUGGUGCCACUAAGUUGCCCGAGGAGGCACGGACAGAGCCUGACCAAGCCCAGCUGGACUUGGAGAAGGUCACGCUGCGGAAGCAGAAGCUCCAGCAGCUGGAGGAGGACUUCUAUGAGCUCGUGAAGCCCUCGGAGGUGGCGGAGAACCUGGACUUGAGCGAAUCGCUGGUGGAUUUUGUCUACCAGUACUGGAAGCUGAAGAGGAAAGCAAACUCCAACAAGCCGCUGCUGACACCAAAAACAGAUGAAGUGGACAACUUGGCCCAGCAAGAACAGGACGUUCUCUACCGACGCCUAAAGCUCUUCAUGCACCUCAGGCAAGACCUGGAGAGGGUUAGAAAUCUCUGUUACAUGGUGACGAGACGGGAGAAAAUGAAACACACCAUUUGUAAACUGCAGGAGCAGAUCUUCCAUCUCCAGAUGAAGCUUAUUGAGAAAGAUCUUUACCCAGAACAAACUGGGAAGAAGACAAAGGGUAAGAAAAGUGACCCAAGAAGGAAAGGAAGAGAUGGUAGAAAAAGUAGUCCUGAGAAGAAAGAGAAAAGGAAAUCAGUCAACGAAACUGUAUUGGGACAACUGGGCUUGUCAACCUCCUUCCCCAUCGACGGGACCUUCUUCAACAGCUGGUUGGCGCAGUCGGUCCAGAUCACCGCCGAGAACAUGGCCAUGAGCGAGUGGUCCCUCAACAACGCCCACCACGAGGACAGCACCCCCGGCCUCUCCGAGGAGCUCCUCCAGGACGAGGAGACCUUGCUGAGCUUCAUGAUGGACCAUUCCCUCCGGUCCCCGUUCAAGCAGAGCGAGGCCACAAAGAAAGUGAAAAGCAAAACGAGAACGAACACUAAGAAAAAGCUGCCCAGGAGCAGCCCCCAGCGCGCCCCCCCCGCGGGGGGUGGGAGCCAGCCGGAGAGCUCGGAGCUAUGGACUAACAGCACCGGUGACUUGUCGGAUGAUGCCACCAAGCCCUUCGCUCCCGAUUCCAGACCGAGCAAGUCGGAGAAAGGAGCUACGAAGCUUCCCACCGACCGCAAAGGGACGGGCGAGGUGAAAAAGGCGGCCAAGAAGGGCUCUAUC